UUUAUUUUAUUAACCAGUUGCUGGCAAAUUGGCAACUACACGCGUGCUGGCCAAGUUAAUGAAGCCCGCGUGGAAAAGUGAAACACACUAACGUGCACAAUUCCACAAAAAUAAUACAAUAAUACAUAUGUAUGUACUCUCUGGCGAAAGAACUCGCCCAGUUGGCGACACUAAUUGUCAAUGAUUGCGCGACAGACGACGGCAUCGUCGUCACCGUCAGCCAUGCGUCGAAGACGCUCACAAUUUCAGGCUUAAAUUGCCAAAGCGCAAUUUGUCGCCAGUUGUGGUACAAUAUAUGCCACUCAUCUGGCAUGUGGCAUGUGGCAACUUUCUGGGCAAAUAUUUUAUAAAGUCGUUGGCAUCGCACUGCAACGCACUUAGUCGCAAUGUACGCUAACAAACGGAAACUAGUACUCGGUCAACUGGGCCUCUGGCUCUGCCUGUGUCUGUGCCUGUGCCAGGAGCUGUGCUGGGCGCAAAAUGCCAGCACAGUUGUCUGGGAGCCAAGCACUGCCAGCGGCAAUGCCAAUAAGCGCGAGGUGGGCAACAGAUUGGACUAUGCGGGCACUAAUAUAGCCAAAAGCUAUGAUCCGCCACCGGAAUUCUAUAGAGGACCAGGCACCACAUCAAGCGGCAGCUCCACAGCCAGUCACAGUGCCAGCAGCCUGCUUGGCUCCACAGGCGUCGGCAGCGGCUCGCAGCUGGGCAACGUGGGUGAAUCUCUCAGCGAGGCGUACAACAAGUGGCGUCAGAGCACUGGCCAGCACGAACGGAUCAGUGUGGGUCAUUUUGGUGGUGGCGCAGGCGCUGGUCUUGGUGCGCAUAUACAAAGUCCACAUGGACACGCCAGCUAUGCCUACGAAGGACAUCCCUAUGAGUAUGUUGGAGGCGCCGGCCAUGGGGGCUACUAUGGCGGCAGCAGCAGUGCCGAGGCGGGCAUACCAUUCGAUGUGUACGGCACGCGUCCAGGUCCAGGUCAUGGCUCACAUCAUUUACAUCAUUAUCCGAGCACGGGCGGCGAGUAUGCCUAUCUGGAAGCACAUGAUAUAGCCAGCCACAAGGGACCGGCGGAGUUGUCGCAGAAGGCGCUGCUGGCCAAGAGUUUUCUCAUACCACUGGCCAGUGCUGCAGUGCUGGGCAUAGCCGCUGCUCUGGUCAGUAAUCCGCUGCUGCUGCAGCUGGGCACCGUAUCCGGUGUGGGCGGUGGAUUUGCGCCCGUUGUGGGCAAACGCAAGAGAAGGGCGCUGCGUCGCGCCUACUCAGCGCAUAUAUAACUUCUAUUGAACAUUUAAAUUCAUACAAAUCAAUAUCGAAAUGCUUGCCAAAUAAAACUGGCAUACGUAAAUAUCUGACAAAAGGAAAAUUUAAUUGUGAAAAUCCUUUAACUAAGAAUUCUAUUCAAACAGGACUCAUGUUAAUAACGUGGCGGUAAAUAAUGUACAGUAAAAGUUAUCGAUUGCAACAGCUCUGCACCGCUGUUAACUAACAGUUUCUGUUAAACAGCUAAAGAGCUGUUAAAUUUGAAUUUCUAAUUUGGUUUCUACGAAUCUAUGACUUUCAUAUGUAAGUAAAUAAAAUAUAGAGCAACAAAUGGAAUUUAAGAGCAAAUAAUUGCUGUAAAAAUUA